UCGGUCAUUUCGCAAGCCGAAGUCUGAAACUCCAAAUUAAGGAGUCGCUUAAUUAGUCCAGACCCACGUGACUGCGGGGGUCUUAACUCGCGCGCUGUCCUGAGGAUAUAGGUGGGCUCAGAGUGCAUUAGCUCAGGUUAGUAGACAGAAUUUCUCAUCACCACAGAGGAAAAGUUUGCAUCCGAGCUAUUAAUUAUUACUUACUUUUGAUUUCCGUCUCGCGCUCACCGUGCCGGCUUUUUCUUCCCCCCGACUUGCAGAGCAGAAGCCUUUUUCCUCAGAGUCGGGAGUCUCGUGCGCUCAUGAAGGCGGAAGGCGACGCGGGGAGCAGCGGUGCGGGCGGUGGCGCAGGCGGUGGCGCGUGCUGCGUGAACCGGCUGCUGCGCGCGGUGGAGAGCGAGCUGCGCGCGGGCCGCGAGAAGGGAGACCCCACGGAGAAGCAGCUGCGCGUGAGCCUGGAGGACGCCGAGCUGUGGCGCAAGUUCCGCGAAGUCACCAAUGAGAUGAUCGUCACCAAGAACGGCAGGAGGAUGUUCCCGGUACUGAAGGUGAGCGUGUCUGGCCUGGACCCCAACGCCAUGUACUCCUUCCUCCUGGACUUCAGCCCGGCUGAUGGUCACCGCUGGAAGUACGUGAACGGCGAGUGGGUUCCCGCUGGCAAACCCGAACCCCACAGUCACAGCUGUGUGUACAUCCACCCCGACUCUCCGAACUUUGGCGCCCACUGGAUGAAGGCUCCGGUGUCCUUCAGUAAAGUCAAACUGACCAACAAACUCAACGGAGGUGGACAGAUCAUGUUGAACUCUCUCCAUAAGUACAAGCCACAGAUCCACAUCGUUCGUGUGGGAGGAAACCACAGGAUGGUGACCAACAUCUCCUUCACUGACACCCAGUUCAUCGCUGUAACAGCCUACCAGAAUGAGGAAAUAACCGCCCUGAAGAUAAAAUAUAAUCCCUUCGCCAAGGCCUUCCUGGAUGCUAAGGAAAGGAGCCACCCCAAGAACUUUCUAGAACCUCCUCCUGAGAAUCAACAUGUCAGCAUACCACACUGUGGUUGGUACAUUUCGAACCCAGACUCCUUUUGUUCCUCUGGGAGCAGUAACUUCCCCUACGCAGGCGGUUUGCCUCUGACCCCACAUCAUGGCUACAAACACUACUCCAGUCUGCAUGGCCAUCGAGCCACUCCGUACCCACCUCCAUAUCUGCACCACCAUCACCAUCAUCACCACCGCGGACACAACUCAGUCUCUCUGUCUGAGGGUCUGAGUCCAGGUGCUCUGCAGGUGUUCUCAGGCCACGAGACCUGGACAGGUGUUUCUCCUCCUGGUCCUGCAGCGAUGCUGUCAGUGCCGUCUGGUACGAACUCACCUGGAGUCAGCAGUCAGUACCCCUGCCUGUGGACAGUGAGUGGCUGCGGCGUGACCUCCACUCCUCCAGGAGGCGCCGCAAGCUCCGCCCCGUGCCAGGAGGAGCGGACUGAUGCAGGCUCCACCUCCGCGUCACCAUGCUCACUCCUGCAAGGCCAAGGACCCACGACUGCAGAUGUGUCCGAGCAAGCCAAUCAUAACAGGGUGGGAGGGGCUAGCUGGUCAGCAGGCUCCACCCAUUCCUUUUAAUCAGGCUUAAUGGAAAAGAUCGUGCAACUCAGCACAAGUACAUGUGGUUGAUCACAUGACCUCUCACCAGUUUGGAGUUCCUAAUUGCCAAAAUAUCAUGUGUGUAUUUGAAGAAUACAGUUUAUCCAUUUCCUGUACAUUUCUGUUUUUCUGAUGCGCAGCUGUAGGAACUCAACUUUACAGCAAUGAGAAGUAUUAAAGUUUUCUGUAAAUAAAUUAAAUCCAUUCAGAUGAAUUCAUUCAAGUCUGCAGACUUUCUGCAUUCUUUUAAGA